AUGGGUUUAGGAGGAGUGUUGAUGCAAAAUGGUCGAGGAGUGGCCUAUGCUUCUAGACAACUUAAGACUCAUGAUAGGAAUUAUUCCAUCCAUGAUCUGGAGUUGGCUGUUGUAGUUUUUGCCCUUAAGCACCCAGUCUCGAUCAUCGUGUACUUGGUGGCAUGGUUCUUCCUCUACUUCUUCCACGACGAGUCUAUGGUGGUGUUCGGCACCAGGGUGGAUGAUGGAGUGGUGGUGGUGAUUCUUGUGGCAGCGACACUCAUGGGAUUGGUGCUCAUUGGCGUGUGGGUGAACGUGGUGGGUUCGGGGAUCGUUGGCGUUGAGUAUACUAAUAUUUAG